UACAUAUUGCCACUCUGUCUUAUUGAUGUAGUGUGUAAAUUAUCUGUCUUAUCAAAAUAUGUUCAUAAGACUUGAAUCUCGAUUUAUUUAUUUCUUUCAGAAAUUAUUUUGAAUACAGAAACUGCUGGAGUUUCGGGUGUUUUUAUAUUCAAUUCUAAGCUCAAAGCUGAUCUUUCUAGUAUCGGCAUACAAGGUCGUACAUGGCCCAGGACAAUUAGUACUCUGGAACAACUUUGGUUUUUAAUUAUUUAAUAGGAAUAAUUUUAGACUUAUUAUGAUGGCAUCAAUAAUCAUGGAAAAGUACUGUUUUGACGAGGAAACUGGUGAAAUAUUGAGGUACCGAAUUAAUGAAGAAACUGGAGAACCCCUGCUUAACAAUAAACAAUGCUCAGAUCAUCUUGUAAGGGAAUCGAAAAUAUCGUCAAUUUAUGGAAGCAAAAGACCACAUAAAAACAUUCGUUUUCCUAAAUGCUAUAUAAGUAAAUCAAAGAAGUUUCAAAAACUUAAAGCUAAUAUUUUAGCCGGGUCUAAUACAACAAGUCAUAGAAUGCUACUAAUAUUUCCUACAUUUAUGAUCUUUCCCAGUCUCAUAUGUGUUAUCUUACUGUUGCUUGAAAUAUAUCUCCAUAUUCAAUGCCAUAAGAAAAAUAAAAACUUGAAAGACUCAAACUCGUACUACCGUAGCCCCUUUCAUGUGGUAACAAGUAUAUUUUGUGGUGUUUGCCGUGAUUGUGACACUGCAUCAAAAAUAAAAAAAAUACAGGAAAAAAGACUAUACAAAUACAAUAUCAAAUAGUAGUUUAUAUUAAGGCAUUUGCAUGGUACUAUAUAAGUAUAUUUAUAUUAUAGUUAAUAUAUUAUGUUAAAUUUUGCAAUGCCACUUACUUCGCUAUACCUAUAUUAAAGCUAAAUCUACUUUUCAGUUGAUUACUUUGACCAUAAUGUAAAUAAAUAGGUGCUCUCUAUAGAAUUUACUUCUUUUUAAUUGGUCUUGGAUGUUAUAUUUGAUUUAAUAGUGAUGUUAUUGGGUUAUUACAGCAAGCUCUUGUUGCAGUAACUAAGGUUUAAUAUUGAAGAUUUAAGAUAUAAAAAAUACCUCUUCAUUUUGUGAUACAUCUAUAAUUACUUGUAACGGCUGUAACCACUAGUGAUGGGUAUUGAAUGAAUGGACCAGUUCAAUCAACCGAUCAUUGUGUUAAUGGUUCACAUAUCUCUAAUGGAAUAGUUCAUUCAUAGACUAUGACAGACGUAAACAAGGAGUUUGUUUGUUGUCCAUAUAAAUAAGAUGUGAACUGUAAAUGAAGACUAUUAAUUUAUUCAGUAUAAAUUAAUAAUCUUAGUUUACAAUGCAUAUAAAAUUAAUGUUAGUAUCACAAAUUAACCAAGUCUCUUCUAACCAUGGCAAUUGCGACAAGGCCAUACAGUUGAUUCAGUCAUGCUGUCUUGCAAGCACAAGGUUAACUCAUAAUACACCGUCUAGUAACUACAGUCCAUGAAAGAAAAUGAAUGGUCUAGUUUCAUUUGUGAUUUGUCCACGACCCAUCGCUAGUGACCACUACAGGCUAUAUAAUAAAAUAAUAGAUCUGAAAGGUGUUUAUAAAGGAAUUAAUUCCUUAAGGAUAUUGUGACAAUUUUAGUGGUGCUGGUUAUUGUGAUAAUUUGUGAAAUAUGAAUUAAAUGUAUACUCGUACACAUGUUUAAA